AUGCACGUCAUUAAGCCAGCCUGGCUGAGCCAUAGCGGCGAGCAGAAGGACUACGAAGUCUACAGCUGCCACGUCUCCCCCGACGGAAAGCGGCUCGCGACAGCUGGAGGCGAUGGCCACGUUCGGAUCUGGUCGACCGAAGCCAUCUAUGGCACCAACAGCGAUGACAAUGUGGGCAAGCCGAGGCAGCUCUGCCACAUGAGCCACCAUCUCGGCACCAUCCACUCCGUUCGAUGGUCUCCAAACGGGCGAUAUCUUGCUUCGGGCGCUGAUGACAAGCUGAUUUGUGUCUAUCACCUCGACAAGAACCCGCCCGUUGCUUCCUUUGGCACCGGCGAUGCUCCCCCUGUCGAAAAUUGGAAGACCUACAAGCGUCUCGUAGGCCACGACAAUGACGUGCAGGAUAUUGCCUGGUCGUACGACUCUUCUAUUCUCGUCUCCGUCGGCCUGGACUCCAAAGUCGUGGUCUGGUCAGGACACACGUUCGAGAAGCUGAAGACACUUGCCGUUCACACAAGCCACGUCAAGGGCAUCACCUUCGACCCCGCGAACAAGUUCUUCGCAACCGCCAGCGACGACAGGUCCAUAAAAAUCUUCCGAUUUACUCCUCCCGCACCCAACGCGACGCAACACGACAUGGUGAACAACUUUGUGGUGGAAACAACCAUCAACGCACCGUUCAAGAGUUCGCCUCUGACGACGUACUUUCGGCGUUGCUCGUGGUCGCCCGACGGCAACCACAUUGCAGCUGCGAACGCAGUCAAUGGGCCCGUCAGCUCUGUCGCCAUUAUCGAGCGUACGCGGUGGGACAGUGAGAUCAACCUCAUUGGCCACGAGGGUCCAACGGAAGUCUGCAUGUUUUCCCCCAGGCUGUUUCAUACAGUGAACCCAGCCGAGAUCACAGACGACAACGUUGGCUCGCUGGUGACCGUCAUAGCAUCGGCUGGCCAGGACAAGACCCUCAGUAUCUGGAACACCAACACUUCACGGCCGGUGGUUAUUCUGCAGGACCUCGCCGGCAAGUCUAUUUCCGACCUGUCCUGGACCCCUGAUGGCCAGACCCUCUUCGCCGCAAGUCUGGACGGCGCUAUUAUCGCAGUCCGAUUCGAUACGGGCGAACUCGGUUGGGUCGCGAAUGCGGAGGAGAACGACAAGGCGCUGCAGAAAUACGGCGUCUCCCGCAAGGGCAUGGGCAUCGCGGAGGACGUUGAAGGGCUGCAGCUGGAGAACCAGAGCAAGGCAGGAGAGUCCAAGGCGGCAGAGUCCCGCAUGGGCGCCUUGAUGGGUGACCUUCCAGCCGCAGCAGCGCCGUCUGCAAAUGGCACAAAGACGAACGGUACCAACGCUUCAACGCCGAAACCGACCAAUGGGCAUACUGAACCCGAGAAGGAGAAGGAGAAGGAGAAAGAAAAUGAGAAAGAGCCUGAGGCGGACAAGGAGAAAGAGAAAGAGAAACUCGAAGAAAGCGCCGACAAGACAGCUGAACGUGUGAAAGAACUGAAGUCUCGAGUCACAGUGGGCAAGGACGGCAAAAAACGGGUUGCGCCGCUGUUGGUCUCGUCAUCAGGCACUGGGCAGAUGUCGAUGCCUCAAACACAGCUCGUCGGGUCAACCUCCACGGCUAAGGCGUCGCAGAAUGACGCGCCCUUGUCAAUACUCGACCUUGGCAAACCUGUUGAUGGCUUGCCGCGAGGUGGCAUCGCCGCCAUGCUGCUCGGCAACAAGAGGAAAGCUAUCGAGAUGGAGCCGCAAGAAGGAGACGACCCUUUUGCCAAGCGCCAGGCAACGGGGCCGACGCCCAUUGUGGUGAAUGGUGUCGAUGGCGUUGAACCUGCGGCCAUGGUCCAAGCACCCCACGGUAUCGCGCCAACUCCCGAGUUCCUCCGACCAGCUGUUUUGAAUCCAUCCAUCACCUUUGCUCAGAUACGGCUUGCUGUUCCAAAAGUUCGGUCACAUAUCGUGCGGCCAAUGGAGCGAGGUGUACUACUGAGCGAGACAACGGUCGAAGACGCUGCUAAGGUUCCGGAGAACAUCGUUCUCGAAGCCCGCAAUCCUGUGCAGAUCAAGGAUCCAUCGCAAAUCACAGUCACGAAGCGUGGCACCCUUCUCUGGCAGGACUAUCUCUCCAGGGCUGUCAUCCUAGUCACUGGCAACAAGCACUUCUGGGCUGCUGCUUGCGAAGAUGGUAGCGUGUACAUCUGGACCCCUGCUGGCCGAAGAUUGGUGAAUGCCAUUGUCACCGAGGCCCAGCCUGUCAUUCUCGAGAGUCGCGAGCACUGGCUACUUUGCAUCAAUGCGGUCGGUCUCUGUUACGUUUGGAACAUCGAGAGCCAGUCUUCACCACAUCCUCCCGUGUCUCUAGGUCCCAUCUUGGAGCUCGCGACAACCACCCUCAACCUCAACGCCGCUACGCCUGGCCCCGGCGUCACCUCAGCAGCUCUCAACUCGACAGGACACAUCGUUGUCACGCUGACAAACGGAGAUGGAUACUAUUACGCCCGUGAGAUGUACACAUGGCAACGCAUCAGCGAGGCUUGGUGGGCCGUCGGCUCCCAGUACUGGAACUCGAACGACUCUUCCAUCAGCGCGCUGCAGUCGACCGCAGUUGGGCCCGUCACAGCACCCAAAGACAACGACUCCAGCGCGGCAACGGUUUCCGCUGGCAUUAUUCCGCACCUGGAGCGUCACACCACCAACGAGUUCCUGCUCAAGGGCAGAGCAUACACCCUGCAGCGUAUCGUCAAGACGCUCCUGACACGGGACGGCUUUGAGGACUUUGAAAGUACCGUGAGCAUUGCGCAUCUCGAGAACCGAAUCGCCGCCUCACUGCAGAUGGGUGCCAGGGACGAAUUCCGUCUAUACCUCUUCAUGUACGCCAAGCGUAUCGGCGCCGAAGGCCUUCGGCUCAAGGUCGAGGAGCUUCUGAACAGCCUGCUCGGUGGCAUCCUCAAAGACAAAAAGGUCCAAGAGACCAAGGCCAAGGGGUGGUUCAGCCAGGAGAACGAAAUUUGCGGGUGGGACCGAAAAGAGCUGCUGAAGGGCGUCGUGAUGAUUCUGGGUAAAUUCCGAGAGCUUCAGCGCCUGACAGUGCAAUAUGCUCGUGUACUGGACCUAACUCAGACCGAAGAUGACGUCGAUGAUGAGGACGGUGCCAUGGAUGUUGAAGCGUAG